UGAUCCGUCAGACGUACGAAGUACGAGGUCUGCUGUUGUGUGCGGUACAGCUGUGUAAAAGUAAAAAGGGCGGAGUAGGCGGAGGCUAUCAUCGAGAAGACGAGAUACAACGACAGUCGGAGUCAUAGCCUACGUGCUGCUGUUGGCAAGUGGUUUCUCCAAGCUCAGGCGUAUAAAUGUGAGACGGAUAAAAUCCAUUCAGCAGUUCUCAGUGUUGCGGGAGAAGAGACUGAACCUGUCUGUGGAAACAACUUCGUGUCGUAGGAACGGGUUUUUACAGUUACCCACCAUUUUCUUCAGCCAGUUUACAUUAUUUUUUUUCAUACUUGGUAUUUCAAUUAUUAUUCGAAGGAAAACAACGCUGCAUAUAAAUGAGACAAGUGAAGUCUUCGAGUUUUGAAUUCCUCGAGCCAGAUCAAAUUGAUCAAGCUGAUGUAUCAGAUCAUUUGACGGCCGCUCUUAGUCCCUACAACUCUGGCAAAAGCGGACGGGAAGGAUGGACCUGUGCAUGGGCUCCGGACAGCUCCUACUUUGCCUGGUCCAGUGGUUAUCGCAUACUGCACUUGAUUCCAUGGGACGCUAACAAAAAGAAAAGGCAUGAUCCGGCGGACACGGAAGGUUUGAAGGAGCGGAAGUACCACAUGAUAGAUUGUGGAGAGUUGAUAUGGGCUUUAGCGUUUGGAUCUGGACUACCUCAGAAAGCAUCUCACAUCUACAGACAUUGCAGUUAUGAUAAAAACCUUGUUGUUGCCACGGGUCUAGCGAGCGGAAGGAUCAAACUCUUCAACUGCUUCACAGGUUCUGUGAUUGUGGAGCUCCUGGAUCAUCGUGACACAGUUCGUGGACUCGACUUCUCCAAAGAUGGCAGCCUGCAGCUCAUGUCUGGGUCUCGCGAUGGGACCCUCAAGUUGUGGGAUCUCAACAACGAAGGGAAUAUGUAUUGCACUCAUAAAGCAAGGGCAAAAGUGAACGCCUGUAAAUUCUCCAUGAACGGAAAAUUUGCUGCCGCAGUGGGAACGAACAAAACGGUUUUGCUCUGGCACGGACCCAUCAAGGACAGUCCGUUUUACAGGCUCGAAGGACAUCACAAUGAGGUGGUUGGCGUGGACUUCAGCUCUGAUUCUGUGCUCAUGGCUACUGCAUCUUUUGAUACUCGAGUUAUCAUUUGGAACGCAUACAGGGUUCAGAGACUUCGAGAGUUGGGGCAUUUGCAUCCAAGCCCUAGUCUGAUUUUUGCUGGUGGUGCCAAUGACAACUUCGUUCGCAGUGUGAAUUUCUCUCGCGAUGGUGUGAAUGUGGCCACAGUUUGUGAUGAUGGCUUUGUUCGCUUCUGGCACUGGGAGGAGGAUGGAGACCCGGUGUCAGUGCUGCAAGUCUCUGACCCUCUCUGUGGUCAGUUUUCGUCGGACGGAACUGUUCUUGGAGUUGGAACUCGCAGCGGAGAUGCCCAGUUUGUGUGCGCCCCACAGCCGCUGCCCAGUCUCCUACAGCUGAGCCGAGUGGCCGUGCGCAAAGCCAUGCGCUCCGACUCUGUGGAUGGACUCCCCUUGCCUUAUUUACUCAAGCAUUUCCUGAAGUACCGGGACUUCCUCAAAGAUGACUCCAGGUUACUCUGAACGGACUGCUUUUUCCGCCGCGUGUACUUUCAUUGUGUCUUCUUUCUUCUUUUUUUUCUUUCUUUCUGACGUUUUGGUAACGUCGGCCCUGGAUGUUGCUUAUUGUGGCAUUUUUAUUAUUUUUUUAAAGUACAUUUUGUUGGAAUAAGGCGACUUAUCUUGGUCGUCACGGCUGCUCUUGUGAACAUUUUCCCAUGACGUGGCAUUUUUAUGUACGCUACAGCUGAGCUACUGUACCACUUUUUGCUGGGGUUUUUUUUAAUCCUAGCUUGGAAGCUCGUAUGAUCUAUUGUUGGUUGCUGUUUAGGAGAAGUCACUGUCCAGGUUUUAAAGUUUUUGUAAGUUUUUUUUUUUAAUCGUGUUUUAGGAAUAAACAAAAUGUUUUGGUUCGGCUAUUUUUGUCUGUGACAGUUAUGAAGUCCAUUAUCUCCAGAUAAAGAUUUUUCCUCAGUUGUUCAAAGUCAAAGACUUGGUAGCAUGAUUUAGUCUCUUUUCACAGCGGCCAAUUGUUGCUCAAAGGUGGGACUGGCUUGGUCGGAAGCCCGCUUCCUAAAUGAUGGAAAUUGUGUCGAUAGAGGCAUUAAAAACACCUCGUGCAUUUAAUUUUGAAGUCGGUCUCCUCAACAAGAAGUGUCGGGGGUGACUUUCCCUGUCCCGAGUGCCAUUGUACUGACUAACUGAGCGCUAGUUUUGUUGGUACUCCACAAUGUAUACAUACAGUUUUCUCCAGCUGUAAUUCCCUGGAAGAACACAGCAUUAGAUUAUAUUUAUUGUUUUUAUUGAUGAAUUCUGCUCGUUUUGUUGCAUACCUAAUUUCCCUCACCCUUGCAUGCGGGUUCUUUUUUGUUUUUGUUGAUCUUUGGCAGCAUUCAGAAUGUUCUAGAGCCUCUGUGUUGUUGUUGUUGUUGUUGUUGUGUGUCCCACAAAAAUGUAGUUGUUUUAAUUUAUCGUCCUUGAAAGGUUAUGUGGACCUUGGGCGUGCGUUUGCUCAAGUGGCUCCGAGUGCUUUUUGAGGAAGAGGGCAAUUGUCAUUGCUUGUGUCAUCACAUAGACCAGAAAUUUGGUGUUUUGUUCUUUUUCACAAUUGUGGUAUUUGACAUAUAUAAAUGUGCAACAUCAGUGGUUGGCAGAUGCUCUGUUGAGGUUUGCUCCUUCUUUCCAGUCCAACAUCUAUCUAUGGUCCUUAUCUCUCCUCCUUCUUUUCUUUGUAUGAAUGUUACUUUCUGUAACCUCUCCUAAUCUUCGAAACUGACGUGACCUACUUUUGUGUUGCGAGUGCUGUAAAACAGUUUCUAAAACAAUGUGCAGUAUAAGAGAAAGUCCCCCCCCCCCCCCCCCCCCCCCCGGGAUUGUCUUGUGAGACGUGGCUCAUUCAUUCAUUCAUUCAUUCUGUCACAGCUUAAGGUCUGGAUGUGGUUUCACAGUUUUGUAAAUAUAUUUCUUGGGGGAAAACAAUCUUAUGUUUGAACCACUUCCUUAUCUCAUGAAUCUCAUUUGCAAGUUUUGCUGUUUGUGUAAAGCUUUCUAACUUAUCCUGUACAAACCUGAACGGCUGUCGGUCAGUCCGGCUAUGUGAGAGACGGUAUUGGGGGGGAGUUAUGGUACUUGUACUUGAAGUGCUAGACUGUCGGUUCUACUUGAUUUUUUUUUUAAGCUUGGCACUCAGUGAGAAAAGCAACAUUGAGUACUAUUUUCUUGCAUUGUUGAAUAACAAAAAUGACUUUUUUUCUGCCUUGUGUGUUUAGAAGAAAGCCUCUGAAUAGAAAGUAUAUUUAUAACACCGAAAGAUAAUUUUCACCUUCAUUUUGAAUAUUCAAUCGAGCCUGCAUUACUUAGCGCUUACCUCUCUACGGUGGCCAUGUGUUCUAACUGCCAAUGUUCUGUGACACCCUUGCAUUUUUUCCUUUAUUUUUUUUACCUGUCCAUAACGGUCCCUGUCCAACGUGACCAGAAUCCGUCAAUUUCCCGACAAGUUGGCCUGAAAAAUGUGAAUCUGCUUAUGGCGGUCACUUACAACAAAAGCUUUCUGUCAACCUGUCCUCCGAUUCAAUCAAUGCAAACCUCUUACUCUUACGAAAGAUAACAACUUUGGUGGCAGAAAUGAAAUGGAAUGAUAAAAUAAAGAUUUCAGAUUUCAAACCA